UCGGUUUCAAAAUUAUCUGCAUAACAAUCUCCCGACGGCUAUAUAUACAAAAACAUACACUGUUUUAUGUACACAUCUCGCUUCGGUGUUUGGAUUCGCAGAAAGUGAAAGACAGUGGGAAACAAAUAAAAAAACUAAUGGAGCUUGAUCUUUCUCCCAAGUUAGCUAAGAAGGUGUACGGAGGUGAUGGUGGUUCGUACUUUGCAUGGUCCCCAUCUGAGCUUCCCAUGCUGCGUGAAGGGAACAUUGGUGCCUCCAAGUUGGCCCUUGAGAAAAAUGGUUUUGCUCUUCCUCGUUACUCUGAUUCUGCCAAGGUUGCUUAUGUCCUCCAAGGACAUGGUGUAUCUGGAAUUAUCCUUCCUGAAUCAGAAGAGAAGGUCCUUGAAAUUAAAAAAGGUGAUGCCAUUGCCCUUCCUUUUGGUGCUGUUACAUGGUGGUACAACAAAGAGGAUACAGAGUUAGUUGUUCUUUUCUUGGGAGAUACUUCUAAAGCUCACAAAACUGGUGAGUUUACUGAUUUUUUCCUGACUGGUUCCAAUGGAAUCUUUACUGGCUUUUCGACUGAGUUUGUGAGCCGAGCAUGGGACUUGGAUGAGAACCUUGUUAAGACCCUUGUUGGCAAGCAAUCCAGCAAUGGCAUUGUCAAGCUUGAUGAGAAAUUUAAAAUCCCUGAACCAAAGAAGAAAGAUAGAGAGGGUAUGGCACUGAAUUGUGAGGAGGCUCCUUUAGAUGUGGACAUUGAGAAAGGUGGGAGGGUUGUGGUCUUGAACACAAACAACCUUCCUUUGGUUGGUGAAGUUGGUCUUGGGGCUGACCUUGUUAGAUUGGAUGGGAGUGCCAUGUGCUCCCCUGGAUUUUCUUGUGACUCUGCAUUGCAGGUGACUUAUAUUGUCAGGGGAAGUGGCCGUGUUCAAGUUGUUGGUGUUGAUGGUCGCAGGGUCUUGGAAACAACUGUAAAAGCUGGUAGUUUGUUCAUCGUGCCGAGGUUUUUUGUUGUUUCGAAGAUUGCUGCUCCUGAUGGUAUGGAGUGGUUCUCUAUCAUCACCACCCCAAAUCCUAUAUUCACUCACUUAGCAGGAAGGAAUUCUGUGUGGAAGGCUUUAUCUCCUCAGGUCCUUGAGGCUGCAUUCAAUGUGGAUUCAAAUACUGAAAACACUUUCCGUUCAAGGAGGACUUCUGAUGCCAUUUUCUUCCCUCCACCGAGUUGAGCUGAACAAAAAUUGCUUAGUUCUACUAGCUUCCUACUCACUUCAAUAAAAAAAAGAUUAGCAUGAUGCAGUAGGUCUGUUCUGGUUAUUUUAUGACAGCAGACUUGGGCGUUUUGAGUUGAUUUGGUUGAUUUGUUACAUGAGUUAAUCAGAGUUGGUUUGUGGGUCUCCAAAAUUUUUUAGAUUAAUGAAUUCUUCUCAGCAGCCACCUGUUAAGAAGAAAAAAAUAAAAAAUAAAAGUUCACGUCAGCAAGUAUGUGGUGUAAGGCUUCUGAGUAGAAAAACUUUUUUCUUUUAAUAUUCUGGUCAAGAAAUAGAUUGUACUGAUGUUGUUUAGCCGAUGUUAUUUGAAUGUGCAGACGUCAUAUUUCUAUGGGUUUGUGGGUGCUA